AUGGUUGUUUAUCUUCGCUCAGAGCUCUGCGUCAGUGUGUUUCGUAUUGCGCUCAUAGUGGCAAUGUGGAAGCAUUGAGUGGUGGAAUGAGAGAUUUGUGUGAUGUGUCGUUAGGUCGAAACGGUCGAGUCGGGUCGGGUCGUGUACCUUUUGCCACGAAUGUUUUGCCAGUCAGGCUCUAAAAGGCCUUACGAAAACAGCAAAAAAUUUUAGUUCGCAUGACGCGCAUAUCUUCCGAAUCUUUGAAUAAAGUUAUUCUUAUAUCUAGUUGCGUAGUUAUGUCAAGAAGGAGAAUAUCGCAAUUUUUACAAAGUGUGUGACAAUUAAACAAAAAAUAAAGAUUUUUACAAAAUCAAUAAAAUACAUCAAUUUGAGAAAUUCAAUGAAAUACGCGCGAAGUGUGAUUCAGAAUAUAUAAAUUAAAAGAAAAAAAGAAAUUUUGAUUAAUUUUUAAUAUAUUUUCCAGCGCAACAACGCGUUAUCUACAAAAAGUGUUUACAAGAAAAUCUUUUCCGACCAUAAAGAAUAAUAAAGUGAAAAUAUACAUACAUAUAUGAGUGUUAUAAAAAGAAAUUCAUCAUUCAAAAAAUGAAUGCUGGCUAAAAGAAUAUACAGCUAAAAAAUACAAAUGGAUUAAACAAUUCUGAAGUUUUGCAUAUGUUUCAUUUUGUGAAAUUAAAAAAGUAUUAAAAAAUCACGCAGUGCGAAUAAACGCGCCAAUAUACACUUGAUUACAAUACACAUAUAUACACCAUCUGGGCUAGCCAGUAAAACGGUACCGUCCCGUCUACCGUUGACGGGAUAUUUGCAAAGUGCAUACUUCAUUUCCCUCUUACACCCCGCAAGCCGCCAAAAUGAUCACUCACAAUUCGUUGAGCGUGUAUGGUGGCGGCGUCAUGUGCGCGUCCCCAUCCACUGCUCCUGGUUUCUUUAAUCCCCGACCGCAGUCCGGUGCAGAGCUGUCCGCUUUUGAUCUCGGUCUACCACGCUCCAUGGCGCUGGGCGUUCCACCGCCCUCUGCAUGGCAUGAUCCCAACCUCGGCGGCCAUUUGCAUGCUUCCGCUGGACCCGGCUCGUUGGCGGGCACAGCAGGUGCAGGUGGCAGUUCGGUGAGCACUGGCGGCGGCACAACGCCAUCAAGCGUUGCCAGUCAACAGUCGGCCGGUAUCAAGCAGGACAUUUCUGGACUGACGGGUGCCGGCGGUCAAUCUAAUACACACAACCAAAGCGGUCACCAUGCAAUCAAAGAGGAUCUCUCCAGCCUGACGGCGGCUUCAGCAGCGGCAAGUGCAGCAGCGCACCAUGCAGCGGCAGUACAUCAUGCCGCGGCUGCCCAACAAAAUCAUGGGCAAGAAUUGGGAGUCAUGAUCAAAGGCCAACAGACGGGAUCGAGUUGUUUAGGUGCGAGCAGUACAGCGGGCGGUGGAGGAAAUAGCGGCGGCGGCGGUGGAAGCACAACGCCUAGUUCUCAGGCGAAUAGUUUACAUUCACAAAGCAGUAACAGCGACUCCAAACAGAACAUGGACUGCAAACAAAACAUCGAGUGUGUGGUGUGCGGAGACAAGAGCUCCGGCAAACACUACGGCCAAUUCACCUGCGAAGGUUGCAAAUCGUUCUUCAAGCGCUCGGUGCGCCGCAACUUAACGUACUCGUGUCGGGGGAGCAGAAAUUGCCCGAUCGACCAACAUCAUCGAAACCAAUGUCAAUAUUGCCGUUUAAGAAAGUGCCUGAAAAUGGGAAUGCGACGCGAAGCUGUUCAGCGCGGUCGUGUGCCUCCCACUCAGCCCGGCUUAGCCGGCAUGCAUGGUCAAUACCAGCUAGCGAAUGGCGAUCCUAUGUCUGUUGCCGGAUUCAAUGGUCACUCCUAUCUAAGUUCCUAUAUUUCAUUGUUACUGCGCGCAGAACCCUACCCAACAUCCCGAUAUGGUCAAUGCAUGCAACCGAACAAUAUUAUGGGUAUCGAUAAUAUCUGCGAAUUGGCCGCGCGUUUACUAUUUUCUGCCGUCGAGUGGGCCAAGAACAUACCGUUUUUUCCUGAGUUACAAGUGACGGAUCAAGUGGCGCUGUUACGUCUGGUCUGGUCCGAACUAUUCGUCUUAAAUGCGAGCCAAUGUUCAAUGCCAUUACACGUGGCACCACUGUUGGCUGCUGCAGGUCUGCACGCAUCGCCGAUGGCGGCGGAUCGCGUGGUAGCAUUCAUGGACCAUAUACGCAUCUUCCAGGAACAGGUGGAAAAAUUGAAGGCGUUGCACGUAGAUUCGGCUGAAUAUUCCUGUCUCAAAGCGAUUGUGCUCUUCACCACUGGUAAGUUGUUGGACAUCCUUUACCGGGAUAUUCCGGCGCUGCUUACUAAAGUUUCAGCUAAAGGCUCCAAUGCAGAUCUGCUGCACGAACAAGUGUUGUUGGUGGUGCGCGAUCAUCUCGAAGAACUCAAUCGGCUAGAAACAGAGUCUCAACAGCACACUUCGGCGGCCGCUUUUCACCUGGCUGCAUUUAUGAAGAGUGUAGCUGGUGUUGAAGCGGUCACGCAAAAUGUAUGCUUGACUACUGAAAAUUCAGCAAUCACACCAACUACGUCGACAUCUAGAUCAAUAGCAGAGCAGAAUGCUGGAAAUACUGAGCAUUAUCAAGGAAACGAUGAUCGGAAGCCUACAUCGCAGCAGCUCGCCACAAGCUCGGCAAACGGUCUGGGACACUCAGCCACAAGUGCUUUCAGCUCUUGUGCACCAAGUCACAAAACCUCGGCUCAAUUGACCAGCACCGACGAUUUACUUGCUGCCUUAUAUGCCAGUGCUAACUCUGCGGCCCCAGUCACCACCAAUUCUAACACUACCAACACAACCACAUCCACCUCGAAUGCGAGUCACAACAAUAGCAGUGGUCUGGGCGCUUCUAUAAAUACUCAAUCGCAAAUCGGUUCGUCCCUUCUAAAUAACCUAACCGCUUCGCCUUUGAGUAAUAGCGCCACACAAACCACUGUCGCUAGCUCCCCUGGUACCGCAGUUAGUAAUCAUGGUGGGGCAUAUCAAUCGCCGCAUCCGACUACUUCUCAACACCAAUACAAUGCACAUACCCAUUCGCAGACGGCACAAGACCAACAACAAGCCGCAGCAGCGGCGGCCACAGCGGCUAUGUUCUAUCAGACGCCGCCACGUUCUGCCUUCGGUUCGGCUUUUGAUAUGUUCCACCAUAGCACACCGUUCGGUGUGAGUAGUGGCGCUUCGUUCGGUAGUCCCAGUUAUAGAUACUCGCCGUACAGUUUUGGCAGUAGGUGGCAAUUGUAGUUUGAACUAAGAAAAUAGUUGCAAAACUUGAGACAAAUCAAAGUUGUUAGAGCUGCCGUAGAAUUUGGAUCACAUAGCGUUUAGUCUAGUCCACAUAGCAUAUAUGUAACAUGUUAGCCAUACUCAUACCAUAUGUACGAUAAGUGAACGCGGCGAAGCGCAGCCGAGUGUUGAACUCGGUCGGUCAGUGUAUAGAAGCAGAUCGUUCGUAACGAACUGUUAUUAGAUUCUUAAUUAGACAUAGAACGCUGUAAUUUAAAGAGAUUAGUUGUAUAUUUUGUUAGACGUUGCAAUCACCUUAUUUAAUUUUACGUAAUAUAAUUAAUAUACAAAUCUAUGUAUUAGUAGAUAUAUAAAUAUAUUUAUAAGUAUUAUGUACGAGUAUGUAUGUAUGUCCAAGUGAUAUGCCUCCAGUGUGCCCGAAAUGUUUAAUCGAAGAUUAAGCAAGUUUAGUAAUAAGUGCUAACUAAUUUAUUUACUUACAUAAGUCUUAUUUAUUUUAGUAGUAAUUUUGGUUAAUAAUUUGGACACUAAGAAGUGGAUGAUGAAAAGGAAUAGUAAAAAUAUACAAUUUUGUUACUUAAAAUUUAAUUUGAAAAACGACGUUCUUUUUAUUUAAUAUUUUGGUUCACGCUUUCUGAACAAAACUAAUCACGCAAUUUCCGGGUUGAGCUUUAAUAUUGUUAUUGCAACUUAAGUUCUCAGAAAUUAGUGAUUAAAAAUUUAAAACCGGAAUGGUUAUUGAAUUGGAAGUUUUCUUAAUUUUUAUCGAUUAAAACCAUUCAAUUCAAAGAAACAAAGGAAAGUUCGUAUUAAAAACAACAACAAUAUUUGUGAACAGGCUAAGUAAAAUUGAGUUUGAGUCAGAUACACUCAAUCUAUUAUUAUUAUUAGAAUCUAAAAGUUUUUAACAUUAUUACGAAAAUGAUUCCGCAACAAAAGCAUCUUUGAAAAAAGUAUGGUUUUCAAAUACUACUUUCGAAUAAGUUUUUAGUGGUAAUUUUGCCUAAAAGUAUCUUAUUCUUUCUUUAGCUGCCAUUUAUUAUUUGUAGACAUUUUCGUACUUUCUGUUGUAUUUUGUGGCUGUUUGAUACAAGAGUUCUUCCUAGAAACUUUUAAAAUUGUACUUAUCUUAAUUCUUUUUGUAGUAAAAUGUGGAUAGAGUUAUCAAAAAAGUAGUAUUAACAAAAGUAGCAAGUAAAUUUAUAAAAGUAGAAUUGCUGUAAGUAAGGUAUGUAUGUAUGUAUGCAUAUACCUUUUUAUUUGCCGCUAAUGUGUCGUGGAGACAAUUGCGCAUAUCCACCGUUGAAGCAAUGCAUAGCCGAAGUGAUUCUUAGCUUUUUUAUUCCGUUAAGUACCAGCCUACAUAGAAAUGUAUUGUUGUAGUUGCUUUCAACGUUGAUUAUAUUUUCAUUUCUUAACGAAUAUAUUUUCUUCGUUUCAUGUGUCAGAAUUUGUUUUUUACAUUCCAAACACUCAUGCACUCACACACAUAUAAAUAUCUACAUCUCUCACACUGAACUAAUACACGUAUCUGGAUAAAAUGCAUUGGUGUCGCACGUCACUAAGCUUCAAAAUUACCUGCAUCAGUUAAAAGGCCAUAUGAGGGAGGAAACACCAGUUGGAGCAUUCAGGCAUAUUAUAUUUACUAAAUUAUAUAACCAUUUCCAUAUUUAUUCAUUUAAUUUUAUAUAUCUAUUUAUUACUUUUUAAUAAAUCCUACAUACCAUAUGCUACAUAUACAUACGUUUUCAUGGAAUGAUUAGAAUUCUUAUUUUUAAUGUCUAAGGUAUGCAUAAGUAUAAGUUAUUAAUUUGCUUAUUUAAAAGUAUGUAAGUGUAAGCUUAGUAAACCUUAUUCUUACAUAAUCUCACUCUGAAUUGAAAGAGAGAAGGUCGUCAGUUAGGGCUUCCAUUUAUUUUGGAAGGUAAGAAUUAAUAAGCUUUAGUUUCAUAGAAGAGGAACCCACACGGCACUUUACAGCUACCUUAAUUCACAAGGAAGUACUAGAUUUACCUUUCUUCUUGGCGUUUUAACCCAAUACGCAUAGCGAACGCAAGGAAUUUAUAGCUACAGGCUCUUUUUUUGUACUCCUUAGUAACAUGCGCCGCAGACUCAUUCGCAGAGGAAGCUCUGCGGCUGGUUGUCUGUUGGCCGAACGAUGUUUAUUGACGUCAAGAUACCACUUUAUGAACAUUAAUACAACACGCUUUAACGUCGCUUAUUUACAAGCGCAAUGGGUCCUCUCAGUAAUCGGUAGUAAUGCCAAGAGUAUCGCACCGGCGACAGCGCGAUAAAGCAUACUGUCAAAAACAUAACUUCCACACAGUCUGGUUAAGAAGCAGCUAAAUUUGCGAAGAAAAUGUAAACGGAGAAUCAAUGUUAGAGGCAUUGAAUGUAAUUUCGGAAUUGUACCAGUUAUGUGAUAUGGUCUGAGGCGGCUGCAGAAUGUUGAUGUUACAAAAGCGAACCAAUACAGGCACCGAAAAGUUGCGAAAGACUGACUAAAGACGGUCGAUCUUCAGCUGAGGUGACUGAGACAAAAAUUACAAUUGUAGUUGAAUUGCUGUCCAUAAACUUCAGCCGAUCAGUCAUUCAUGUGCACACAUUUGUGUCGUAUAUCGUACGACUUCGUUGAGUAUAUUUUUGUAUUUUUCUUCAAAAACACCGACAUGCGGCACAUCUGCCACUGUUAAAUCUCUCGUGGUGCUUUCUCUGCCGCUCACCAAACAUUUCUGGGUUGUGGGCGACACGAUCGACGCCGUCAAUUGUCUAUUUGCUGGGUUAGAUCGCCGGGAAUGCACGCUGUCGCGUUUACAAUCGUAGUGCACUUCUGUUGUCGUUGUGGCAAUGGUGUUUUGGGCUGCUCCUACUAAGUGAGCGCCUCAACGCUUCGCCACCAAACAUUCGACUACAUCGCCAUUCCUUGUUAUGUUCCUUUAGUAGCUAAAGCACCAGCGUUUCAUUACAAUUUGAUUCCACUUAGCUUUAUUUUCGAUUACGAUUGUUUAGUAUUCACUCGUAUAUACUUGUAUGUACAUUUAUCUUGUAUGUUUUGGUCACACUUAGGCUGCAUCGAUCUAGUCUGACUGCUUGGCUGGCUAUUGAAACAUGGCAUUGACCGGCUGGUGGAUAUUUUGUUAACUGAUUUCGUACAUUGUAUUCCUUGAUGUUCAGUCAAUAGCCGGUUGAGUACCGAUUUAUUGUGCAGGUAAACACGGCGCAUGCCAAUCGAUCGGCAAAGUUCUUUGUUGGUUGUUGUCGUAUUCACUUGUUUCAUCUUUUCGUACGUCACGGAGUUUAUAAUGCUAUGCACAUACAAAUGUUACUAAAUAUCUGAUAAAUAGUUUCGAAACUUUAUAGCAUCUUAGCUAUUAAACUAAUAAAGCUAUAUUUUUCACGAGAAAAUGCAUCGUAUUUCCCACGUACUCGCAAAACUCACCAUUCGGUGCUACAAGCCAUAAAACAAGAGCGCAUCCCCUCAAAGUGUCAGCAUUAACUUAUACUCUAUUUUCAUUUAUCUCCCAAAACUAACAGACCAGACCAACAACGUCGCAUAAAUUAGUAUAUAAUCAAGUUAUUGAGUUUUUCAACAAAGCAAUAAAGAAUAGUUAACUAGAUAGUAGUUUAGAUAAAGACAAUAUGCCAACAAUGCCAAAAUUAUGCCAGAAUGUUGAAAUCAGUAAAUUUUCAAUAAGUAAAUGACUGGCGUUUGCUCGUUUGUCUUGAACCUCGUCUCCGCCAGCUGUAAAUACAUACAUAUAUGCAUACGAAUAAGUACAUGAGUCCAUAUGCAAUGUUUACGGAGGCUCCCAUACUUUAAUCCAAAUCACUGACCCAGCUCAGCUAGCUCGUACACACACUGCCCUCGAUUGCCAGUCUGUCUGUGUCUGUCAAAUCUCGUCCGCGUGCAACACCAAGUCUGGCUUUUUCGGGCCAAAUCAUUUAAGGUUGAAAUGCUUUAACUGACUUUUCUUUCUUUCACGCCGAGGAAUUUAUUUUUGGCUAGUUUGGAGCGUUCACUAAACACUAACGAUUCUGGCGACUCUUCAUUGCUGCUGUUUUUCCUGUGGCCGUCGUUGAUAGCUGGUGCUGCUGCUGCUGCUGCGGCUGCUGCAGAAACUACUUUACGGUCAUUAUGCAUUUAAGACAUGCGGUCACGAUCUUUUGAGUUAGAGACUCCUUCUACCUGCCCCACCACUAUUGGAUUUACUUAGCCGCACCAUUGCCCUCGUGCACUCACUGCUUACUAUUUUAUGCACUACUAAAAUACAAAUGUACAUACAUAUUCGAGCUUUUACUUUGAAAACUGUUCACAAGAUUUUUUCAGCAAUAGCACAAACAACACCAAUAUUAUGCUAACAUUACCGAAAAUCGGCAAAGUGGGUAAUCACAUUUACUCGUACUUCGGCUGAUUGGUGAUUUCAAGUAUCGUUGAGAGGAUAUCUAAGCAAGGUUUCUGAAUGGGCACUGAACGAUUUUCAAAUAUGCGGGACAGUUUUAAAAGUAUGCGUUCAAUGGAAAAUUUCAAAAAUGAAAUUAUUCGAUGAAGUUGUUCCAGAAAACUACUUUUUUGCGUAGUAUGAAGGUUCCUUCUGAAUAAAUUGGGUCUGUAUCUGGGUAUGUGUGUUAAUGAUAUAUCCUGAUUUAAUUAAUAAAAAUAUAUAAAUUUCCAUAAAUGGUACUCUUACCAAUAAAGUAAUACCAUUAUCCCUCAACUCAGCAAUUGCACUUCUAGGACGACUAUCUACGUAUAUAUUAUACUAUAUAUAAAUAUAGUACGAGUAUAUACAAACAUACAUGCCUAUGUUGUAAGUGCAUGUUAGUACGGUACCUUAUUGCUGGUUAUUGUCAAAUUUUUGUCGUGACUAUGAAUGCAUUCUUUUUUACAAGUUCGUACAAGUUUUGUUGUUGUUGUUUUUGUAACUAUCGGUUUUUUAGUGUCUGCUUUUUGUUAGCUGCUUAAAGCUAGUUUAUUUUCUCCAAGCGUCCGUGGAAGAACUGAAUGUAAUUUUUAUGAAUUUACAGCUGACUUGAGCUUAUUGGUCGCUUGACCGCGCCAUCCAAUGACCAGACAGUCCACUAGGCGUCUUCGAGCGCCAUAAGAAAUUGUCGUUACAAAGAGCUGGCAUUAGGAGCCUGAGGAGCAUGUUGCUGCCAUAGUUAAUAGAAAGUCAAUUGACAAUUAUUUUAUGUGAAGUGAUUUGAUUAUUGAUGCUCCGAAGGCUGUGUUCGUGGUUAAUUUGCAAUUAAAUGUUAAAUGUUUGACGCCGCUGGCGACAAGUCGUUGUCGUAAUUUAAAAAAAAAAACAACAUAUUUAUGUACAUAUGUAUGUUCAUACAUACUAUAUGUAUAAUGCGCAUGUUGACUUGUUAUGAAAGUAAGUUUUCACAACAUUUAGAAUGUGAAGACUGUUGACGAAUUUAGCAAAAGUACUAAUUUGCUGGGAAAUAUAUAGUAUAUAAAGGGUGAUUUUUUAAGAGCUUGAUAACUUUUUUUUUAAAAAAAACGCAUAAAAUUUGCAAAAUCUCAUCGGUUCUUUAUUUGAAACGUUAGAUUGGUUCAUGACAUUUACUUUUUGAAGAUAAUUUCAUUUAAAUGUUGACCGCGGCUGCGUCUUAGGUGGUCCAUUCGGAAAGUCCAAUUUUGGGCAACUUUUUCGAGCAUUUCGGCCGGAAUAGCCCGAAUUUCUUCGGAAAUGUUGUCUUCCAAAGCUGGAAUAGUUGCUGGCUUAUUUCUGUAGACUUUAGACUUGACGUAGCCCCACAAAAAAUAGUCUAAAGGCGUUAAAUCGCAUGAUCUUGGUGGCCAACUUACGGGUCCAUUUCUUGAGAUGAAUUGUUGUCCGAAGUUUUCCCUCAAAAUGGCCAUAGAAUCGCGAGCUGUGUGGCAUGUAGCGCCAACUUGUUGAAACCACAUGUCAACCAAGUUCAGUUCUUCCAUUUUUGGCAACAAAAAGUUUGUUAGCAUCGAACGAUAGCGAUCGCCAUUCACCGUAACGUUGCGUCCAACAGCAUCUUUGAAAAAAUACGGUCCAAUGAUUCCACCAGCGUACAAACCACACCAAACAGUGCAUUUUUCGGGAUGCAUGGGCAGUUCUUGAACGGCUUCUGGUUGCUCUUCACCCAAAUGCGGCAAUUUUGCUUAUUUACGUAGCCAUUCAACCAGAAAUGAGCCUCAUCGCUGAACAAAAUUUGUCGAUAAAAAAGCGGAUUUUCUGCCAACUUUUCUAGGGCCCAUUCACUGAAAAUUCGACGUUGUGGCAGAUCGUUCGGCUUCAGUUCUUGCACGAGCUGUAU